GGCCUGCUGUUCACGGUGAACAGGAUGCUGUCAGGCCGAGCAAACGGACACAUCUAACGGAGAAGAAUCUCUGCAGCAUCUUUUGUUUUCUCCGGCUGGAUAAAAAGCUGUGACACCGUCUGACAGCCUUUAGAGGAGGAAUCUGCUCUCAGCAGCCAGUGACGGAAGCCUGAAGGAGCCAAAAACAGGUCGGAACAACCGUGACCUAACCCAGAAACACAACUCUAAACUGGUGGAGAAGGAAGAGCUGAGCUGCGUAUGGAGGAGCAGCCAACCUUUCUGUUCCCAGCAGUUCUCUGUUUGAUCCCCUGGAUGAGCUCAGGGAGCCCUCAUUAGUUGUCUGUCGGCAGGAAAGCAUCCGUGGGUUCAGGCGAUGCAGACGCUGACACGCCCCCCCACCGUCCCCCCGUCCCACCAUCACUGAGGAGGCUCCCCGACGUCACCUUUGUCCAGACCUUUUCACUGCUACCUUGUGUCUUCAUGCUUUGGGGGUCCUCCCGUGCCCCCGCCCUCUGCCGUUCACCCUGCACCGAUCGUCACAACGGCCGGCCACCGCAGUCGCUUCGUUGCCAUGCCAACAGAGACACUGGCUCCUGCUCUCCCAGAUAGCAAGGCCACUGGCCCCACAGCGCCUUUCAGCUCUGCCGUACCCCUCCGCAUCCUCAACAAGGGCCCGGAGUAUUUCAGGAGACAGGUGGACCCUAACCCAAAGCGCCUCAGUGCAGUUGAAAGACUCGAAGCUGAUAAGGCCAAAUAUGUCAAGAGCCAGGAGGUCAUCAACGCCAAACAAGAGCCAAUCAAACCACCUGUCCUGGCCAAGCCGGCUGUCGGUCAUGCUUUCCUGUCUAAGAGAGGGCCUGGGCUCGGAGGAGGAGGGAACGCAGACAGAAUACCUUUCAAGGCGUCCAAUAAUAACGCAAAGUCAGAGACAUGUGGGACGAGCAGCGGCGGUAGCAAACGAGAGAACCUAAACCUGGAGAUCCUAAAGAACCUGCUGAACUCCUCGUCACCCGGGGCUGAAGGACUGUCGAGUGGAGCUAAGAGUGCCGUACUGAUGAGGUCCUCAGGAGGACUGGCCAGGAGCUGGACACCAUCUGGGAUCCCCCUGACCUACCGAUCUACACUGACCCUCAAUGAGCAACCAGCAGACUCCGCUCCCAGUCCCAGCACCUCCCACUCCCUCAGGUCCUUCUCCCACUCCCUGAAGGUCCUCCCCAUAAACAGCGGGGGGCGCCGCAGCCCCCAGCCGGGAGGGAACCUCAACCUGAGCAGGCGAGUCCAUGGCGAGCGAGUCGUGGAGCGAUCCCACUCCCCGCUCCUCACCUCCCACUCCUCGUCUGACCUCCUGCGGCUCUGCAACGGCAAGCCGCUGCGCACCGCCCGCUCCAGCAGCUCCUCGGCUCCGCCCCUCCCCCCGAAGCCCGACCCUGCCUCGCUCCCUCCUCCUGCGCUGUCCCUGUCCCUGCCCCGUCCUCGCGCCGCUCUGUCCUCGUCCCCCUGUGACAACACCACGCCCCGGUCCUUACCGUGUGACCCGGCGGAGCCUACCAGCGCCUCGGCCGACGUGAACCCGGACCACGCUUCCGUCGGGGUCCGGCGCUCCUCGCUGCACAGAUCUAAGUCGGAUUUGUCGGACCGUUACGCCCGCGCCGGGGCCGACGUGGAGCGCUUCUUUAACUACUGCGGCCUGGACCCGGAGGAGCUGGAGGCGGUCGGCCCGGAGAACUUUGCGCGGGCCAACUCCGACAUCGUCAGCCUGAACUUCCGCUCGGCGUCUAUGAUCUCCUCCGACUGCGACCAGUCCCGGCGGUCCACCAACGACGGCAUAUCGGAGGGGGACGAGGGGGAAGACGAGGAGGAGGAGGCCGGGGAGCGCGUGCCGUACGGUAUCUCCGCCGUGGAGCGAAACGCCAGGGUCAUCAAGUGGCUCUACAGCAUCAAACAGGCAAGAGAGACACAAAAGGUCUCCCAUGUUUAAGACGAACGCUGCUGCAGGCGGUGUCACCAGAAACCACAGACAGGCUGAGGACAGCAAGGCGCAGACUCUGAUCUAACGUGAAGAACCUCGCAGAGGUCCAGCACAGACUCCAAGGUUGAGAACAGGGCGAACGAAACAAACACAACUUCAGCAAGUGUAAAUAAAACGUUGAGUCUGGUUUAAAACAACAACAAAUUUUUUUUUCGACAGUUAACUGAUAACGUCUGUUAGUCUGUUUGAACAAGAGCAGAAGGAACUGCAGCUGUCCACGAGUCAUGGAGUGAAAGUUUGAUUGAACCCGGUUUGUCAGCCACACGUCUGAACUCUUCAGCUGUUUCAUCCCGUUCUUCUCGCUCCGCUCGCUCCUCUAACGGUUGAUCCGGGAGUGAGACGCAUCUUACCUGUGAGGUGUCCUCGUCCACCACAGCUGGAUAACCGGUGGUGCAGUGAAGGUUUGUUAAUGUUUGCUGGGUUUUUGUUUCUGUUUUAGGCUCAGGAACGCCUCCUGGGUGCUUCUGAAAUGAGACCAACUCAAAAUGUAUUUUAUGUUUGUUUGACUCUGGCUGUAGUUACGAUCAGCAGCUCCUCUGUAACGGGUCUGAUGGAUUAUAGAGGGGAUUUAGAUCAUCUGCGCCCCCUGUACUGCACCACUGGUUUAAACAUCUGUCCAUUAAAAACUUGAUGCCAAAUCUGA